GGGACAACCUUUUCGCUGUGUUUAUGUUUCGAAAAAUAUGCUGAAGCGAAUACUACGUCGUACCGAUAGUCCCGCUGUAGUUUAAUUGCAGAACUUAUUCAACGCAAAAAUGUUUUUCCUUAUUGGCCGCUUGUUUGUGUUUUUCUGGCUGUGCAGAAGAAAUCCGUCGCUUUCUUGAACGGUCCACUCAUGCCCAACUUCGUCGUGCAAAAUCUGCCGGGCAAGCUGAUGCUGCAACUUCAACGGCAGUCCAAUACCACGAAAUACUACCGAGUGAAGCUCUUGAACCUGGAUGUGAAAGAUGCACCAGGGCGUGAAAUCAUCAUUCUCAGCGACCCUCUAGUUGUCAAUCACUCCAUUGCAGUUGAUUAUGAGGGAGCGACGUACGAGGUCCGUGUGACCGCUGUGGCUUUUGACCUGCCCAGCGAAGCAGGGUCGCAGAUUGUCCAUUCGCUGCCACCGCCUGUAACCUUUUACUGGCCUCCGACCGACUCUACUCCAACCUCCAUCUCAUUUGCCGUUAGUGACGACUGGAAAGUACACAAACACCGUGGCAUCUUCACACGAUUCGUAUUCACAACGGAUGGGAUUCCACCUGUAUAUGUUUUGCCGAACAGAUAUGACAGGCGUGUUGUGGAGUUAACCGGCCUCAGUACUGGGACCAACCAUGAAAUCCUCGGAUGGACAGAGCAAGGGGAUGUGCAAAGUGAAAAGCGGUCUCUGACGGUGCAGCUGCAGCCCAACAACGUCGCCGUGAUCAAGGUCACAAAUACUACCAGGAAUAGUAUUAAUUUUGCUUGGGAACCCCCUCAGGGGAUGAUCGAGGAGUUAUCGGUCGAUCGCCACUGGUAUAACGUAACCGCACGACCCCGAAUGACAGAUUCACCGGCUUGCUCCGCACUGCGGUCUCCUCAAUACACGCAGUGCCAUCCAGCAAUGUUGUCUUUGGCAAAAUCUUUCAAAGCAUUCGAAAACGGUGGGAACCAAGACUUCGGCAUUUUGCGGUUCUUAAGUUGA